CUGAGGAAAAUACCGUUACAACAAUUGGCGAACGGGAACCCACGAUGUCAAUCGGAUUUGAUCAGCUCCGAGAACUAUUGCAGCAGCAACGAAAGCAGUUUGAAGAAGCGCAACUGAAGCUCAUUGAAUCACUGACUCAGAAACUGCAUAUCCAAACAGCAGCAGCCAGUACUGCUUUUUCUUUUCUGUCUUUCAGUGCCUUACGUCUUACCGGUUCUGGUUUUCCGCCAAUUGCAGUUCAUUCAAUGUCUUCUGCGGUCCUAGUCUCUGGCAAUAAUGAUUCCGAAUACCCUGGAUUUCAGUCUUCAAUAGAUUCUUGGUGCAACUUGUUCUCCCAAGGCUUCUUAGUUAAUUCUGCAGCUUCCCAUUCUGCCCACGGCCCACGCGAUGAUCUCCUAUUCUUUGUGGAUAAACAACGGGGUCCUGGGUCAAAAUGUGUACUUCGUGUGUUACGAAAAAAUAGUCCGAAUCUUCCCUCGCCCGGCGAUGGUUCGGUUAACUGGGAACAAACUGUCUACUUGAACUUGCUCAUGCAGUAUUUCAUCUAUGUGGCUACGGUAGCUGUAUGCACACGAACGGGUCCACAAGAAAUACAGAUUUUGAAAAAGUUCUCUGAGACCGUAUAUGCUUCGCCCAGCCGUCGGCGAAUGGACAGCAAGGGUACUCGCGAGGAGGUUGUCUAUCCCAACCUGUUCUUCAGUGUAGACAACUACAGUGAGUUGUUUUCAGAAUGCAGCCUUCGUGACAGCGAAUGUCUAUGUGUGGAACUCACUGCCUACGAUUUAUCUGGGCGGUUGCAAGGUGUUUGCUUCCUUGGCACGCUUCAGUAUGGUUCUUUGAAGAAAUUCCAUGACUCAAAGGCUGCUCCCACGUCUCGUCUUGAUACAGCGACUAUGCUGAAAAGGCAGUUUGGGACAACGCCUAACAACACCAACCAUAUACAAUCGAGUCGACUGUCGGGUGUGAAGUUCAUGCAGGUUCUCGGUCCUCAAGGAAAGGGUCAAGCUGAAUUUGCCAUUUCACGGGUGAACGAACAUCCCGAAUGCCGUUGUGGACGUACUGCAGGCCUGGGUUUCAUGCACAAGUGUUGUCUUCCUCGGACCUGGCCACCGAAUGACAAGGUCUUUUUCGAGUCUCUAGAUCAUGAACCAAUAACGGAACAACCAAAAGGGUCAGCGGAUAACUACGCUUCCGACUGGCCGUCGACCGAGGUUUUGGCUGACUGGUAUUGUCUAUCCAUUUCACCGGAGACAAAAGGACCGCCGCGGAAUGUCGACUGGAACUCCUUCACCCCACUUCAAACCGUCCCUUCUUCUGUUCGUUCUGCCGGUGGCAGUACCGAAACUAGUCCGGUCAGACGGCGCGUACCCAGCUCGGCUGACAGAGCCUCAGUUCUGUCGCUUAUCGGUUUGGAAAAUGUCAGUGAUUAUCAGAACGGUCUGACCAAACUUCACAAUUCUCGCCAAUUUCGAUCCGGCUUUCAUCGACACAGUCCGCGGGUCUCAAAAAUACUCGAAAAAUUCACAAAUCCAGAAUUGGCUGAUAUCAACUCACCUCAUGCCCAACUUCCACUUGAUGUUCAAGGAGGUGGCACUGAGGUGGAUGUCCUCGUUAGCGACGCAGUGAAUAAAUCCUCAAGGAGAGACAAUUCACACGGGCCUCAUUCCUGUCCUGAUCGCAGCAAACGCUCAUUCGGACAAUCCCUGUCUUGGUUCAAAGAACGGAGACGGAUAACUUCUCCUGCUCUCAAUGCAGCUCUGACUUCUCUCAGUCUUCCAUCGUACGAAAUUCUGACAGACUUGAUCGAGGUUCGUCGAGAGCCGAUUUUGAAUAUUAGCGAUUGAUUUAUGUCUGCAUCCGAACAUUUACGGCUUUUCUCGAACUUUGAGAAUACCCACAACUUCAAAAGAUUCAUGCUUUCAUCUUUGUGAUGGCUCAUCAUAUGAUCGGAAAUGUGUAAAUAUUUCCUCCGUCCUUUAUGAUCAGAUUACUUCAGGUCAACCGCAGCGUUUUUCUGUGAGACCUUAGCAUAAUAUCUUCCCCCUACCCACUGUCUUCACUUGAUUGACAAUAGCUAUCUUCGCCUAUCCACUACUGGUUCUGUUCCGAUAAUUUUAUCAACGUCUACCUGUAUAUCACGCUGAAAAU